AUUUUUAAUCGCUUUGUUUAUUAUGUUUUUCAGUCGCCGUCUGUUUUGAUAUCUAAUUAGCGAUACAUUUGUUUUGGACAUUGUUUUUGUGUCUGCGAUAAGUGGUCUGCCAUUCAUCGCACAUCCCAUACAACCCCGAAGACAGUGUCUGUGUUUUGUUUCCCCGAUGGAAGUGUCGUCUCUAAGGCAUCAGUUGAUUGAGUUCUCCACAGAGACGCCAAUAAGACAAUCAAACAAUCGCAACGCCGGCGCCAAUCGGUCGCCGCAGUCGUUGCCGCCAGACAUGGACUCCAUAUUCGACAAGUCAGAGAUGGAUCAGCUGCUGAUCGACGCGCGCAACGAGAAGCAAAAGUUCGAGACAAUUGUGCGCCAAUUGCGGGAACAGUUAACGAUGGCUGAGACCGAAGUGAAGAAACUGCGGCAUCAGUUGGCGCUCACCGAAAGCGACUCCAAAGAGGAGAUCCAGAAACUGAUCCAACAGAUCAAGAGUUUUGAGAUGAAGUGCAAUGAGUUCCGCGAAACCAACGAACAGUUGAUAAUACGGCUGAAGUUCGCCGAACACCAGAAGCUCGAGACAGAGCUCAGCGCUCAGCGGCUGGCCAUCGAAGACCGCCGGCAACUCAUGAUUCAGUUGUCCGACAAGAAUCGAUUGGUGGCCGAACUUCAGUCCAGUUUAGCCGACAAACAGCACGAGAUUAAUCGACUCAACGGACUGAUGGCCGCCGAACACGAAGAGUGGCAUCAGUUCCAGAAGGAUCUGUUGACAACCGUACGGGUGGCCGAAGAGUUCAAAACGGAAACACUGCUCGAGUGCCAGAAAGUGAUGCAAAUCAAUAGGGAUUUGGAGACCAAAUUAGCAGAUCUUGAGAUUGAACUAAAAAAGUACAAAACAAGUGAUGACAACGCGUUGCCAACUGUGGACCAAAACAAUGAGCCCAAGUGUCCACCCGUUGAGCAAACAGCGCCCGAACCUCCGCCUCCCGAACGAACCCAACCCAUACGUAUAGCGCCUCCCGAAGUGGCCACACCUCCCGUCGCACGUGAUGUGCCCGAUGGCGGUCACAGUCCGCCGCCUCCCCCUCCCAGUGAACCCGAGACCAAAUCUCCAGAACCCGAACUCACGGAACAGGAGCCAGAAUUUCAACCCCAACCACAGCCGUCGAGUCCCCCAAAACCAACGUCUCUGCCAAUUGACGGUUACUCACCGAUCGCUGUGACUGACUCGUCGUCGUCGCCGCCGCCGACGCCUCCCAAUAGCCACACACCGCCAAUGCCAGCGACGGAACCACAGCUGAGACGCCAGCAGCCGGCCAUCAAAGCCCCUCCAACCAGAUCUAAGUCAUUGCCAGUGACACCGACGCGGACGGGCGCCGAGUUGGCCGCCUUCGACCGCCGA